GAUCUACAUGAUGCCAAGCAAGCCCCAUAUCCAUUCUUUUCCAUUCCACACAGCCUAUCCAACUCUUUUGAGAGGUCUUAGACACUCCCACAAACCCCCCAUUCGAACUCCCCAAGAUAAGAGAGAAGGGAGAGCCACAUAUUCAAGAAGAACCAAGGAGAGAGCAAGCUGUCCGCAGGUAGUUUUUCCAGUGCGUAAGGUUACUUGUUUGCUCCAUAUCUCGAGUUAUACACAUCCAAAUAAGGCGUGCGAGAUACCCACAGAAAGCUCUCAAGACGAGGAAUCCGUGAACGUCUGGUUUUCAUCAAUCGGAGUAGUGGAAGGCUUCCAAAUCGACCGAGCAAAACACGACCUCGCAGAAUACGUUUUUGUAUUCAAAGUAAGUUUGAAUCCAAAACCUUCCUCCCUAUUGCCAAAAUCAUAUAAAUGAUUGAAGAACUAUUAUACACUGAUUGGAGUGUAUAAAAUGUUAUUAUUAAGUGACUUUAAUUGUUGGAAAGGUUAGAUACUAAUCUAGACAAAACCUUGAAAGGUUAGGGAACGAUCUCGUCGGGAAACACCCGUUCUAGGGGCUGUUUUUUUGUGUCUUCGGUUAGGAGUUGAACUAGCACUUUGAAGGGGCUGUUUAACACUCAAUUCCAAGCAGGGAAUCAGUUCUCAAUCUUCCUUGGCCGAGGUUUUGGUCAUUGGAUCGAGAAGGAAAGUUUUAAAGCUCAUUUGAGGUUGAGGCUAGAGCUUGCUUCCUGUGCUCGUUGCUCGAGAGAUCAUAUAGGAGGGAAGACUUGGUUCGUGCUUCCUCCAUUCUGUUUUUAAACCUUUCUAAACAUGCUCAUGGAUAUUUUACUAUGGAGCCUGCGUGCUCAUGAAAUGCCUUGUAUGGCCCUUUUGUUUUAAACAAUGUUUCCGCUGCGUUAUGAAUUACUUAUUAUGUUUGUUUAUGGAUGUAUAUGUGUGAAUGAUAUUCAAGACGCCUUGUAUAAUAUGAAUGUGUUGGACUGCGGUUGACUAUU